AUGAGCUCUAACAAGAGGGUGUCUAUGGUGUCGUCACAGCACCAGCUGGGUCCCAGAAUUCCAACGCUACAAAUAUUCAAUUCUAUAACUGGUGAGACCCUGUUGACGAAUGCCUAUAACUUCACCACCUUUGAUAACUUUAAAGGUCAUGUUAGUUCGAGCUUCAACAUUCCUGUGGACAAUCUGUUCUUGCUGACCCCUUUUGGGAUCAAGCUGAAAUUCUCCAUGUUAAUCAGAGAGGAAACAACAGAGAUUUACGUGUUUGACAGAAGGCUUAUUUCCAAGGAUAUCGUUCCUGAGGAGAUAGUACAAGAACUGAACAACAGAGAUUUGAUCAGCAUGAUCAAGCCAAUGGCCUCUCCUUUGAACAACGAGGACUUGAAGAGGUAUGUGGAUAGUCUGAGACCUGUUUUGAAGAAUAGCUCUAUCAAGUCGAAAGAUAUCAGCUUGAACGACCUGAGGCUACUUCUCAACUCUUUGAAGCGAAACACUGGUUGGGCAGCUGCGUUGCUUUCGGACUUCCGCAAGACAGUUUGUUCUUCAGAAGGUGAACUUCAGGAGGGCAAAGAAACUGCUGCAAUUGUGGCUUCUCUGAAUGUGCUGCUUCAAUAUCUGAACAUACUGACGGGGACGCUGCAGAGAGAGUUUGCUGAGACUGUGGAUCAACUGGAAUCGGUCAAGAAGAACGCAUUGAACGAGUCUUGGAGAUCAUAUCUCGAUGUACUACAAAGGAUACGAUUUUCUGUUGCAAAGUCGGAUCUUGAUAGUGUGGUCACGAUCAGGAUCUCGGAGUUACUGGACGAAAGGAAUUUGCUGGCGUAUUCACAACAGUCUACUAAAGCAAUGAGACAAACAACCGAGUCUCUAGGGAAGCUCAGAAUGGCCAUUGAAAGGGAGAUAUUGAGCCCAAAAUCUAAGCUCAACACCCAAUAUGAUGACGUUCGCACUGAGUACUUACAGCCUUCCUCAGAAUUGGCGAUGACGGAAGCUGAGAAUGAGGGAUUUCAAGAACUAGAAGGGUUGGUAUCACAAAUCACAUACCACUCAAAGAGUCUGCCUUCUUUUGAAGAACUGAUAACUACUGCCUCAGCAACAUCUGCAGACUUAUCUGCCAAGGCCAUUGAAAAAAUCCACAUGGUGGUGGACCUGUAUACGAGAUCCUCUGGAACCAUGGUUCCCAGGAUCAUUGAGCUGGCUGAUCAGCUUUAUCAAAAACAGCUAAAGAAGAUUCUCAAGAGGCAAAAGCUGCAAUCUCAGAUUAUGUCCACAAGUUUUGUGACUGCUGGAUUAGUGAGCUUGAAUGUUUCCAAAGCAAGAAACAGUUUGAACAACUCUGUCAAGAACUCCAUGGAGGAAUUUCGCAAUGCAGAAUUGCGACUAUCUAUCGUGAAGGACUUGCCAAUUCUAUUUGGAUCAUGGCUGGUCGCCAACAUGAAACGGUUGAAAUGGGUUGAGAAUGUUCAAAAGAUUGCCUACCGUACGAACGAGAUAUUUGAACUGAUCAAAUUCAACGAGUCUUCCACCAGAUCAAGAUGGAUCGAGGCUUUCUCGUUAGAUCAGAUGAAGAUAUCUGAUUCCCCAGUAGCAGAGGGCAGUAAUGCACUUUUUGCUCUGAGUGAUUCUCAAAAGAAGAAGUUUGUUGAAGAACAUUUGUUGUCUCCUAAAGUUGUUUUGACUGAUGGGAGCAUUUCCAGAGGCAACUCGAGAGCGAAUUCACCACCUCCCCAGCCCCUGCAACCGGAGGAAUCAAAUCAACACGAUCGUCUGCUCUCUUUGGGAAAGGUUAUGCGCAAGAUCAACACAAACGUGGUACAAACAUACAAUUUUGCUGCGCAACAGGCCCAGACAAGAGGACUUACUCGCAAAAAGGAUAUUUGGGAAGUGAUUGCGGAUUUUGUUUCCUUAAAUGAUAUUAUGAACUAUUUGAGAAGUCUCAGAGAAUGUGGAUACAAUAUGGAGAUUGUUUCCCAUCUCUUCAGCAUGUUGCAAGAGUUUGGGGCAGACCAGAACUUGCUCCAGGAAAGAAGCCCAACGAGAACGUUUGAGUCGCUUAAUGCAUUGGGUACUCUCGAUGGGAAUGAUCCCAGUUUUGUGAGACAGCUGCGUGAGUUUGUGAAGAAUUUCGAGAUGGAGGGGUUCAAGAUUUUAAUCACACAAAACGAGAAGAGCAUUGACGGAGAAAAAGAUGCUUCUUCUGAGGUCACUGAUUCGCUACUGAACAACACAAAGAAUAAUGAAAAACUCAUAAGGGGUUACGAGGCUAGGAUCAGGACUCUGGAAAACUUAUUGCAUCAACACAGCUUUCGCAAGUUUAACGACCAGGUGAUCAGAUCUCCAUCUCCCAGACCGAAAAUAACGUCAACACCGUCUCACGAGUCUCGCAAAGCAUCGUCAAGGUCUGGGUCUACUUCUCCACUAAAUGUUCCAAUUUCAAACACACUUCUAUUUGAGAAUGGUUUCCCACAGAUCGGCGAGAGAAAGAGCCCCGUCCCCCGUGAGGUCAGUUCCAAGAUAAACGAGCUUAACUCUACGAACCAGAGCUUGAACGACGAAGUUUCGAGGCUCCGCACCGAGCUGAGAUCCCGCAGCCAAAGCGUGAAUUACUCCUCAUCCUUGAGCUCGGAAAACACUCAACUCAAGCAGGAGUUGGAAGAGAUGAGAGCUCUUAAUAGGCAAAUGCAGAUGAAACUGCAAGAUUCUGAAGUUGAGCAUGAACGAGAAUUGUCACGGAACAGAGAGUCGCUCACUUCUUCGUUUGAGACUACUAUAUCAUCACUGAGAAUGGAAAUCUCAGGUUUGCGUGAUGAGAACGACAGACUGACUUCUGAAAACAAACACUGGAGAUCACAGUAUGAAGAGGUCAAUACAAUGAAGAAGGAUGUUCUUGCAAAUAUGACGGAGAAAGAAUCUGCUUACAACAGGGAGAUCAUGCAAUUUCAGCAAGAAAUCAGUGAUUUGAAACUCAAAAUAGACGAUUUGGAAGAUGAUGGAGAUGAGCACAUUGUUGCUAUCCAAUCUGAUCUUGAGUCCCAACUGCAAUCCAAAGACACAAUCAUCGUUCAGCUAGAUCGCAUAGUCGAGUUGAUAUAUGCAUACUUCAAAGAGCUUACAGAGGAACUCGCAUCGAACCUAGCAUUAUGCUGUGUCAUACUUGAGUCGGUAGGUCUUCUGAUGAUCCGAGAGCCCUCAGAGAACGAGACAUCCUCCAUCAAGAUCAGAAGGGUUAAGGGCCUCAGAGAAAAACGAAAGGUCAAAAUGACCGACACUAAUGUUGAGUCUUCUGAUGUCUUUGCUGAGAUUUCUUCUGAGGUGCUGAACGAAACUGAGAAAUACUCCCCUUUGAUUCGUUGCGAGCCAUUGGAGAAUGACAUCUUCAGCAAUCUUCUGAAGCAUGGAAAGUCUGGUGAUGAAAGCGAGGGGGAUGUUGUCAACAAAGCUAACAACGACUUUUUGGAUGCCUUUGAUAUCAAAACAUUUGACCCUAACUUCAGGAACUUCAUGAAAUUUACCAGAAUUGAUAAGGCAACCAAGCUUAUGAUCUCAGAGAGGAUAGCCAAAAGGUUUAGAGACGUGGAGCAACUUGCCAGAACUCUCCAGAAGGAAUGCAACCAGCACAAAUCUGAGAUAUCGUCCCUUAAUCAUGUGCUAUCGCAAUGCAUCAAGGUUCGUAACUUCAAGUUGCAAGACGUGGUGUUGUUUUUGCCAACCCGUGAUCCCGUCGGAACUGAAGGUUCGAGUAUUGACACUGACAAAAAUGUGAAUCUCGAGAGCAUUGACCAACAGAACGUGCCUUGGGCCGUGUUCAACAUUGGAGCACCCCAUUACUAUCUGACCAAUUACCAGAGGCCUGGUGAAAAGAAGUCCACCAAGAAUCACAUCGAUCUGACUGGGAGAGAGUGGAUACUGGCUCGAAUUUUGCGCAUUGAAGAGAAACAUGUCACCGCUGAGAAUGUGUCUGAUUCCUCUGAGAAUCCUUUCUCACAGGGCUUGGGAACAACUUGGUUUGCAGUGGAAGCAAAGGAGGAAACUCUUGUCAAGGACGGGUGA